AUGGCAGCCGUGUCUGCGGUGCUCAGCGCCGCGCUGGCUCUGCUCGCCGCUUUCAACAGCGCGCACGCCGGCCAGAAGUUCAACUACACCACCAGCGACCUGUUUGACCACCUGGUGCAGCCGCUGUGCGCAGAAUCCUCGACCGACGACGCGUGCUACGGCUGCUUCACGCGCUACGGCAUGAUGGUUCAGGCUCCGGAUGCAUAUGAAGAACUAAAAAAGUGCGCGAGAAAGUAUCUGAAUGGUACGUCAUUCGCACAGUGUCAGGCAGUGAUCUGGGAUGCUGAAGUGAAUGAGGAUGGACAGUCGCCUGUAUUCUGCGAUUUUGAAGUGUGCGUUAGGAAGUGGGACAUGUUGCAGCUGGUCGACGCCUGCGCCAAUCAGAACAGAAGCACCAAAUCUGAAGCGGAGAAGUACGUGCAAACAACAUUCUGCAUUGUUGAUGAACUACGCCGACGCAAAUUUAUGAUUGAACCUCGGGACCUAUACGGCUACUACAGCUCUAUGACGUAUGCGCUGUACGUGACGGAGGACGGCGAGCUGCGUGUGACGAUGACCCACGGCGUCGUCAAUAGGUACAGCUGCGAUGCCUCAUAG